UUUCAAUCGCAACGUUUUUGUUACUUGAAGCUGUCUUGGGAUCCGGGGAUCUGUGAGGGGAAAGAUCUCUCCGGAUCCCUGCCUGCCGGCGACAGGAUCCACUUCUUGAGGAUCAGGUGGUUCUCUCAGCCCCUCGGGGAUUUUCCAGUGGAUCACUUCACUUUGUGAUCUGCUGGAGGUGUUAUUGGUGUCAGGAGGAGGAACUGCGCCCGAUUAUUGUGUCGUGAACCAACCGAUUAAUGUCCCUGGAUUUAAAGUUGUGUCUUGCGGAAGGAGGAAUUGGCUGUAACCAUUCAGAAUGACAUUAUCGCUAGUCCUGUUGGUGUUCGCAGUGAGCAGCUUUGCUCAGGAUCUCCCGUCCUUACCUCAUGGAUGUACAGAGGGAAGCUGUUACCCAGCAACCGGUAACCUCCUGAUUGGACGAGCUAACAACCUAACUGCCUCAUCUACCUGUGGGCUAGAGCAGCCGAGUGACUACUGUAUUGUCAGCCACCUCCAGGAAGUGGAGAAAUGUUUCCAGUGUGAUUCCACAAUGCCAUACGAUUCUUUGAGAAACAGGAAUAGUCACCGGAUAAAGAAUGUGAUCUAUCUGACUGAUCAGAUGGAGGACAAGACCUGGUGGCAGUCAGAAAAUGGGGAAGAGAAAGUCAGCAUCCAGCUGGACCUAGAAGCUGAAUUCCAUUUCACACACCUCAUCAUGAAAUUCAAGACAUUUCGCCCAGCUGCCAUGUAUAUUGAGAGAUCUUCAGACUUUGGCCGGACGUGGAAGGUGUAUCGUUACUUUGCUUUCAACUGCACAGUUUCCUUCCCUCAUAUCCCCGCCGGCCCCCUGAGGGGGAUUGAUGAUGUUAUUUGUGACCAUCGUUACUCAGACAUCGAACCGUCUACAAAUGGCGAGGUUAUUUACAAAGUGCUAGACCCUGCCAUCAAGGUGGCUGAUCCCUACAGCCUGGAGAUUCAAGAUCUCCUAAGAAUUACUAACUUGAAAAUACACUUCACCAAACUGCACACUCUUGGAGACAACCUACUAGACAGGCGAAUGGAGGUCCUGCAGAAAUAUUAUUAUGCUUUGUUUGAACUGGUGGUCCGGGGCAGUUGCUUCUGUUAUGGCCAUGCUUCGGAGUGCUCUCCAGUGGCUGGGAUUCAAGAAGGAGUUCCUGGAAUGAUUCACGGGAGAUGUAUCUGUAAGCACAACACUAAAGGGUUAAACUGCGAGCAAUGCAAGAACUUCUACCAAGAGUUGCCGUGGACACCAGCGGAGGUGGAUAACCCACACGCCUGCAAAGAGUGUAACUGCAACAACCAUGCGACCAGCUGCCACUUUGACAUGGCUGUAUACAUCGCUACGGGAAACCUGAGUGGAGGUGUGUGUGAAGACUGUCAACACAACACAAUGGGCAGGAACUGCCAGCUGUGCAAGCCCUUUUAUUACCGCAAUCCCACAGCAGACAUCCGCUCUGAGGACACCUGUAUCUCAUGUGACUGUGACCCUGUUGGAUCCCUGGAGGGUGGCAUCUGUGACAGUGACACGGAUCUGGACUAUGCCAUCAUUGGGGGGCAGUGCCGCUGCAAGGAGAAUGUGAGAGGUGCUCGCUGUGACAGCUGCAAAGCGGGAUUCUAUGGUCUCAGCGUGGACAAUCCGCACGGCUGCCAGGCCUGUAGGUGUGACCCUCGGGGCGUUAUCAUGAGUACGGCUCCCUGUGAUGCGAUCAGUGGUGACUGUUUCUGCAAACGAUAUGUGGCAGGACGUUACUGUGACCUCUGCCUGCCAGAAUACUGGGGACUCAGUAACGACCUGGCAGGUUGCAGGCAGUGUGACUGUGACUUUGGAGGGGCCUACAGUAACAGAUGUUCCAUGGAGACCGGGCAGUGUGAUUGUCGGCCCAACAUUGUCAACAGGCGCUGCCAGGACGUUGAGCCCGGUUUCUUCUGUAUGCCUUUGGAUUUCUAUACCUACGAAGCAGAGAACGCUGAGCCCCGGGCACCUACUGACCAACUCCCUGGGUCAAUCAAGCACCAAGUGAAUGGCAACUGCAUUAAUUUCACCCUCCGGCACGGGCUGGAAGUCCAAGAGAUUGUCAGGCGGAGGAGGCAACACCGUCAGGCAUCCUAUGCCCGGGCAUUGAGACAUCGCCAUCGAAAAAUCCGCCAACAAAAGGCACACGUGGAAGUUGUUAACCGGAAGCGGCCACCGCACCAGAUGAUCACUUGGAGCGGCCUGGGAUUUGCUCGGGUCCAGGAUGGAGCAGGGUUGUUAUUUCACAUCAGUAACAUCCCGUACGCCAUGGAUUAUAAUGUGAUGGUGCGCUAUGAGCCUGAGUCUGCAGAAGACUGGGAGGCAAUAAUUAGUAUUCACACUGUGGGCUUACCCAUCAGUCAUCGUUGUGGCAAUCUCCUUCCUCAUGGCCAACCUUACAGAGUGGCACUGCAUCACACAGAAAGGUAUGUCAUGGUUCCGACUCCCUUCUGCUUUGAGCCUGAUAUCCGUUAUGAGAUCAGUGUCAGGUACCAGCGACUCCGGGCUCCCCAGUGGAACGCAAACAGUUACCUCUUGGUGGAUUCUUUGGUUCUAUUGCCCAAGUAUUCUGAGCUGCCAGGGUUUGCUGGCACAGAUCCAGUUGCAGUACAUCACCGGGAGGAGAUGGUUCGCUACAUGUGUCUGGACUCCUUUAUGAUGGCCAGCAUGCCAAUGUUGGCCGAGAUGUGUGUCAGGCUGAUCUGCAGCAUCUCCGCUAUCAUGCACGACGGUGCUCUGUCUUGCCAGUGUGAUCCACAGGGAUCCAUCAACGCUGUCUGUGAGAAGAUUGGAGGACAGUGUGAGUGCAGGAACAAUGUGAUAGGUCGACAAUGUGACCAAUGUGCUCCUGGCUACUAUGGCUUUGGACCCUAUGGCUGCUCUCCGUGUGACUGCAAUCCUGAAGGAUCAGUCCACAGCAUGUGUGACCAGACGACUGGUCAAUGUGACUGUCGGGCAGGGGCAAGGGGUCGUCAGUGUGACCAGUGUUACCCACAGCUCUGGGGUUUUCCAACCUGCCAACCCUGCCACUGCAAUGGACACUCGGAGGACUGCGAUUUCCAAACCGGAGCGUGCCUGAACUGUCGGGACAACACAUCUGGACAGCAUUGCCAAAGAUGUUCGGAAGGUUACUAUGGAAACCCGGUUCUGGGCUCUGGAGAGCAAUGCAGACCCUGCCCGUGUCCCCAUUAUCCAGGGAGUGACCAUUACCAUGGAGUGUCCUGUCACGCAGACCUUGAUUCUGAUCAGAUUGUGUGUUACUGUAAAACAGGGUACACAGGGUCUCGCUGUGAUGUCUGUGCGCCCGGUUACUAUGGUAACCCUGGGGUACCAGGAGGGAAAUGCUGGCCUUGUCAGUGCCGCAGUAACAUUGACUUGACUGAUCCUGGAUCUUGCCACCCAGACACAGGACAGUGCUUAAAGUGCCUCUAUAACACUGAUGGCCCUCACUGCCAGGCCUGUAAGGCCGGUUACUACGGCAACGCCCUCAUGCAGGACUGCAGGAGCUGUACCUGCAACUUUCAGGGCACACUGGAGUCGGAGUGUGUUUCCAGAGAGUACUGUCACUGUGAUCAGAUUACAGGACAGUGCCCUUGCAGAGAGAAUGUCAUCGGACUGAACUGUGACCAGUGCAGACAAAACUACUGGAACUUUGGCAGUUUGCGAGGAUGUGAGCCGUGUCGGUGUCAUCCUGAAUAUUCACGUACUCCACACUGCAACAUGUUCACAGGCCAGUGCGAGUGCCACCCGGGAAGGGGAGGUCAGACCUGCUCGCAGUGCAGGGAAGGUUACUGGGGCAAUCCCGGUCUGGAAUGUCAGGCAUGUGACUGUGAUCUGGACGGUUCAGAGACACAGCAAUGUGAUCGAUCUACGGGCCGCUGUCUCUGUAGGGAGGGUUACACAGGCCCUCGGUGUGGCCAGUGUAGCCGCGGUUACCAUGGACGUUCUCCGAGCUGUACUCGAUGCCACUCCUGCUUCGAUUUGUGGGACGAGGAGGUAAAGCAGCUAGGGGAGAGGCUGCGUGCUCUCAAGGAGGCAGUGCACCGCAUCACUAUGUCUGGGGCAACUGGAGCAGAGAACAACAGGCUCCAGGAGCUGGAGAAAAUGCUACGAGAAGUAGAGGCAAUGGUCAACGAGGAACAUGUCACCAGUCCCAGAGUUUUGGAACAGCUCAACGAUCUGGCCGACCAUCUCAGGGACGAGAUGAAGCAACUGUCACGGAGAAUGGAUACUCUGACCGAAGAUACAGCCAGGACACAGUCAGAAAACAGCGAAACAGAAAGGGACGUAAAGCAGCUGGAGGAGGAUUCGAGGAUCCUGAACAUUUCACUCAUUGAGAAAACAAAGGAGCUGCAGAAAUUUAUCAUGUCAAACUUCAAAGAGCUCUAUGAUUCAAUGCUCAAGUAUUACCAGGAAUCCUGUGAAGCUGAGAGUGUGGUGAAUGGAUCAGUGUAUGGUCCGUAUAGCCCAGUCUCACAGUCAGAGGACACAAGGCGUGAAGCAGAGAGACUUCUUCAGGAACAGGAAAACACCUUUCGAAAGUCAAUGGCUGCUCAGAGGAAGCAGCUGAAGGAUUUGGAGAAUAAAGUCAAGGAGCUAACUGUGGAAAGCAUCAAUGAGAAGGUCUGUGGUUCGUCCAGGGGCCAGAGCUGUGAUUCGGACCCGUGUGGAGGUGCUAACUGCCUGGACGAUGCAGGGAAUCGUCACUGUGGAGGGGAGAACUGCCCUGGAGCUCUCAGUAAAUCUACGGAGGCUCUACAGAGAGCAACCAACUCAAGCAUCAUGCUGCAGAACAUUCAGAAUGAACUCGACUCGGUCUCUCAAAGGAUUGAGGAGGUACACAGCCAAGCAAACAAGGCGAAAUCCAAAGCUGCUGAAACGCUGCAGAAAGCCGCCAGCACAAAAAACCUCAUCACAGACACAGUGAACGAUCUACGCAAAUUCAUUAAGGCGGUGAAAGACUUUCUCAAUGAGGAAGGCGCAGACCCAGAAAGCAUUGAGCUGUUGGCCAACAUGGUCCUGAACAUCUCAUUCCCUGUCAGCUUGCUGGACAUUCGCAAGAUCCUGCAGGACAUUAAAGACACCAUGGCACACAUCAAGGACGUGGACACAAUCCUCAACGACACAUCGCGGAAUCUGCAGGUCGCUCAGCAACUGGCGCAGCAGGCUGAGAAAGUGAAAAUUCGAGCUACAGAGGUGAAAGGUGAAGUAACUGAGGCAAAGCUCACUAUUGAAGAUGCAAAAUCCAAGGUGGCUUUAGCUGAGAAAUCACUGGGCAAGGCCAAAAAUGACACUUCUGGUGCUGAGGAUUCUAUCAGGAAGCUGGACAAUUUUCUGAACGUCAUCGAGAGUCAAUUGAUGGAAAUGAUGGAUCGAUUCAUGAACCUGUCAACUGGAGUCCAAAUGUUGGAAAACCAAACCAUUGCCAACAGGAACAAGGCACAAGACUUACAGAGUGAAGCUGCUGCCAUUCGAAAGAGGACCGACCGACUGCACAAUAAUGACCUGAAGGAGGUGGAGAGGCUUUACGAGAAGCUGAAAGACAAAAUCAGCUCGCUGGGUAACGGUACUGAAGAUGGGAAUGAAAGAGUGAAGAAAAUCAAAGAGGAGGCAGAGAAACUGAGAAACCGUGCGACAGACAGCCUGGCAAGGCUGAACGCUUUGGAGAAGAAGUUUAACAGAAAUAAGCGAGUGAUGACAGGGAAGUUAGACAUGUUGCAGGAUUUGGAAAAGAACGUCACAGAUCUGCUGGAAUACAUCCGGGAAAGGUCACAGUAUUAUGGAUUUUGCUCAUAACGGAGGCUCUGGCUGUCUGUAGAUUCUCCUGUUUCUGUCUCUGAUUCAGCUCCUAUUCCCGAACUUCUAUUUGGCAGCUGCUGCAACAGGUGAUUUUGGUGCCUCCUGUCUGCUUCUGACGGGGGUAUGACUGACCUGUACUGCCUCGCCACCCUGAUGCCUGUAAAAAUGCACAUGCCAGCUGAUGGGCUGCAGAAGGCAUAGUAGCCCAUAGCCUGGGUUGGUACUUUGUUUCUUCGCUUACAGCUGAAACUUUAUCCAGACAGAAAUGUGUGGGCCCUGUGUUUUUUGUUGUUUGUUGUGUCUGUCACAUAUUGUUAUCUUGCUUUAAAAUACAAACUGUACGCUGAAACAUUUGACGCUGUUAAUUAUGUAGCAGAAUGAGUCCAGCGCUCUCUUCAAAAUCUGCUUCAAAGUGUCAAAUCGAUUAGUGUCUCACAAUUCCGUUGGGUUUGAUUUUUGUGAUAUUUUUCUCCAGAGUAUUUCCCUCGCCCACACUGGUCUGUCUUGUUUUCCUGCUGAUAGCAGUAUCAAAGGUUCCCUCACACCUCCCACUCUCCCGGCUCACUGGAAGUGACCCAAGGACCCAACCCCCCCCCCCCCCCAACCCCAGUCUCUGCAUUUCAGCCCUGGUGUGCUGCAUCCCUCUCCCUGCUGCUUAUGUCGAACACUGUGGGGUGGGGGCUAUUCAGUAAUAGAAGGUGUCUCAGGAGCAGAUUGUAUUCUGCAGCCAGUGUACAGUGUCCCCAGCCUGCCCUACACAAAGCCACAGGCAUGUGCCACCCUCCCCCAUGUUAACGGGCAUCAUGGGGGAGCAGAACUUAAUGUUCUUCUCUCGGGGUGGGGGCACUUAAUCAGCUCGGCAGGUGGUGAAUGGGGACUCCUGUCUUCCUGCCUCCAAGCAGAUUGAGUCCCCAUCAGAGCCUCCCACAGCCCCACCAACUUGAGCCCUUUAACUGCGGGGAACGAGGUAUUUGUUUAUUUGGAGCACCCUACCCAUCAGGUCUGACCGCAGCCUGUGGGAUAUCUGGCACAUUUAGCCAUAGGUAAACAUAGCAAAGUGACUUAAGGUAGGCAUUACAUAGAAUAAAAUAUCAGAGAGAGCCUGGCCAUUCAGCCCAACUCUGUGCUGCUGUUUAUACUUCACGAUGCUUGACUCUUAACUUCCCUCUGAAAUGGCCACUCAGUUCAAGGGCUAUAAGGGAUGAUCAGUAUGCUGGCCCAGCCAAUGACACCCACAUCCUACAAACAUACAAAAUAAAUCCGCAGUAACAAAGUGUGGAGCUCCACACUUUGUUAUCUUGGAUUCUCCAGCAUCUGCAGUUCCCAUUAUCACAAAAUAAAUCCGCACUUUGAUUUUAUUGGCAACCGGUUACUGAUUUGUACAGGUACAGGAGGGGCUGCUUCAGGCUAGAGUCCUUGGAGGGCCUGAAAUGUAACUGUUCACUUGGGGUUUUUUGUGCCCAGCUGUCUAUUAGUGCCUUUCAAUGAGACUAUGAAAACUGUAAACAUCUCUCAAAUCUUAUCACAUGGUUCUCAAUGAACCUGAAACAUUUACUGCAAAGAAAAUACUGCUCUGUUACUUUGUAUUUAUGAAAGUGGGAGAAAAUAGUAUUUGGUUUGACACAUAAUUGCAGACAGUGUAUUACCAUACUCCAACCGCAUUAAACCAUAAAUAAAAUGAAUAUUUUUAAAUAA